AUGGUGCUGUCGAGCAGCGGUUUUAUUGUCCGGUCGCUCGGCCCCACGCGGCCGCCAAUUCAUCUCGCCCUGGUCCAGUGGGCCAAUUAUUGCUAUCUAGAGGUGAUCCUGAGGGGCUGGGCGCAGUUCCAUGGCACACACAAGUAUUCCCAACGCAUAUCGGCUCAACUCGUGUUCACCAUCCGCAACCUUGCCUCGGACGGGUGGAUAUCAAAGGAUUCGGGUGAUGCGGGCUUAGAUUCGUCUGAUAGAGUCCAUGUUAAUGGAGGCGAUGUCGCCGUCGCCGUCGCCGUCGCCGUCUCUCGACACAGCGAGCACAAUUAUCGGCGACCUCGCAAGGAGGACACCAGGACAUCUUGA